UUUCUUACAAAUCAAAACACAUCCAAAAAAGAAGGGGAAGAAAAAGGAAAAGAAAAAAAAAACUCUGAAUCUCACAAACGCUAACUCUCAGUCAAUAAAAUCCAUACUCGUUCGAAAUCCUAACUCUGAGCUUCUCCAUUUCAAUCUGCCCUAACUGACCUCUCCUCUCUGUCACUCUUCCUCACCGUUUCUUCAGCCACACCGUGCGCUCAUGCUUCCAUCGAUUUGACGUAUAUCUCGUUACUUCUGCUGUAAACUAUGGAAUUUGUGUAGAUGCGAUCGAAUUUCAUGGAAGCUGAGGGAUAAAGGUUUUCGCAGAAGACAUAAAAGAAAAUUUUGUGAAAAUGGCUCCAUCUAGCAAAGCUGACAAGAAAGCGGCUGUAGAUGCAGCCGCUUGGAUGUUUAACGUUGUAACAUCUGUUGGAAUUAUAAUCGUGAAUAAGGCUCUUAUGGCUACGUAUGGCUUCAGCUUCGCCACAACUUUAACAGGUUUGCAUUUUGCGACAACCACACUGAUGACUGUUAUUCUAAGGUGGCUGGGGUAUAUUCAACCCUCCCACCUCCCUCUACCAGAGCUUCUAAAGUUUGUACUAUUUGCCAACUUCUCUAUUGUUGGAAUGAAUGUUAGCCUGAUGUGGAAUUCAGUGGGAUUUUAUCAGAUUGCAAAGCUAAGUAUGAUACCCGUCUCUUGCUUGUUGGAAGUGGUCUUGGACAAGAUUCGGUACUCCAGAGACACGAAGCUGAGCAUUGGAGUUGUUCUCUUGGGUGUUGGAGUAUGCACUGUAACUGAUGUCAGUGUUAAUACCAGAGGCUUUAUUGCUGCCAUUAUCGCCGUAUGGAGCACUUCUCUGCAGCAAUACUAUGUGCAUUUCCUCCAACGGAAGUAUUCGCUCAGUUCCUUCAACCUGUUAGGACAUACAGCACCAGCUCAGGCCGGGUCUCUUCUACUGAUCGGACCGUUUCUCGACUACUGGUUGACAACCAAAAGGAUAGACCAAUAUAACUACAACUUAGCCUCUACCAUAUUCAUAAUUCUGUCCUGCACCAUUGCCGUGGGGACCAAUCUCAGCCAGUUCAUCUGCAUAGGCAGAUUCACAGCUGUGUCAUUUCAAGUUCUUGGCCACAUGAAGACAAUCCUUGUCUUGGUAAUGGGAUUCUUCUUCUUUGGGAAGGAGGGGCUUAAUAUGCAGGUAGUUUUGGGAAUGAUAAUAGCUGUCAUUGGGAUGAUCUGGUACGGUAACGCCUCGUCGAAACCUGGUGGAAAAGAACGUCGAACCCACACGCUCCCGACGUCUAGACAACCGAAACAUGGUGGUGGUUUAACAGAUUCUACUGAACAUGAGGGGAAGGUCUAAAGGAGAGUUGGCUCAUUCCAUAAAGAAAAUUUUUAAUUUAAUUUGCUGAGUUUAGAAUGACGAUCCAUAUUUCUCAUAUUUAUUCAUCCCUCUAUUUCUCUAAAUUUCUUUUUUUUCUUUUCCAGAGUAUUCGAUUUCUCAGAGAGCGGCAUUGUGUAAUUCAGGAUAGGGAAGUGUUCUUGGAAUUUUCAUUUUUUCUUUAAUUGUUAUCACAAUCACAGCUACUACUAAUUUUGGCCA